GCUAGCAGUUUCUCGGCGUGUGGAGGAGUGUUGAGAGAAGAGCGUUCAGAUGCGAGUGCAGGCCGCCGAGGGCUAUUUGUUUAUCUUCCAUGCAUAAACACCAAUAUGGUGGUCGAUCUUGAUUAGCUGAUUUGGAUUUUCAUAGUUCACAUGAGCGGACUGUAGUGUCCGUGCAGUGUCUGCAGGUGUUUUGGUCAGUUAAGAUUUGUUACGAGCUACCAGCUAACGUUCUUCGCUGUCUCAGGUCUCAGAAUGUCGCAGUGGGAGUGCUUGAAGCAGCUCGACUCGGUAUGUUUGCAGAGGGUGGAUGAGCUGUAUUGCAGAGAAGAACUUCCCAUGGCGGUGAGAGACUAUCUGGCUCAGUGGAUAGAGGACCAAGACUGGGAAGGUGCAUCACGGGACACGUCCAGGGCAGUAGUCCUGUUCCAGGUUUUGCUGGAGAAUCUAGACAAUCAGUAUAGCCGUUUCGUCCAGGAGAGGUCCUUUCUCAUGCAGCGCAACUUCAGACGCUUCAAACAGAACUUUCAGAGGUACCAAGAAGAUCCAUGCACAUUGGCUGAAAUCAUCAACUGGUUCCUGACCAGUGAGAGAGAGAUUCUACAGGCUGCAGAGCUAGCACAAAAAGUGCAGAUGUUGCAGGUUCAGCAGAAUUCUAUGGAGUCGGAGAAUCAGAGACACAUAGAGAAGAAUGUCAGGGAGUUUAAGAACAAAGUUCAGGUAAUGGAGCAUUCAUUGAGAUGCCUGGAGGAGCAACAAGAUGAGUUUGACUUCAAAUAUCAGACACACAGAAUGGAUGGUACAACAGAUGAAGCAGAGAAAAAUGAGCAGAUAAAAGGGCUGCAAGUGAUGCUCAACAUGCUCAAUGUCUCCAGAACGACAUUUCUCACCGAGAUGUCAUCUCUGUUGGAUUCUACUGCAUCACUCCUGGCUUUGCUUAUAGAGGAGCUUGAUGAGUGGAAGCGCAGGCAGCAAGUGUCAUGUAUUGGUGCUCCUGAAGACAUAAAUCUAGAACCCCUGGAGAAAUGGUUCACGCAGGUAGGAGAGGGGAUGUUUCAACUGCGCAAGUUCCUGGAAAAGCUGCAAGAGCUGCAUGAUAAGAUGACAUAUGAAGCAGAUCCCAUCAAAGACCAAAAACCCAGCCUGCAGGUGCAAGUGGAUGCUCUGUUAACCGCCCUACUGAAGAGUGCUUUCAUCGUGGAAACGCAGCCGUCUAUGCCCCAGGGUCGAGGCCCUCUAGUGCUGCGUACAAAUGUUCAGUUCUCAGUCAAAACCAGAUUGCUGUUUAAGGUGCCUGAACUCAACCAUGCUAUGAAAGUGACCGUGUCAAUUGACAAGGAUCCUCCAAAAGUGAAAUGGUAUCGCAAGUUCAAUGUUCUGGGAACGUCUAGUAAGGCCCUGAAUAUGGCUGAGAGCAUGAAUGGUGGUAUGGUGGCAGACUUCAGACAUUUGACUCUGAAAGAGCAGAAGGCUGGAGCAGGAGGAAAGGGGAUCAAUGAUCUGUCUUUGAGUGUGACUGAGGAACUCCACAGUAUACACUGUGAGACACAGUUUGACCUGCAUGGCCUCUCUGUCACUCUGGAGGCCUCCUCUCUCCCUGUAGUAGUGAUCUCUAAUUCCAGCCAGCAGCAGAGUGCAUGGGCAUCUGUUCUUUGGUUCAACACACUCUGCACUGACCCCAAGAACCUGAUGUUCUUUGCGAGCUCUCCUGUAGCAACCUGGAGUCAGCUUGGACAGAUGCUGAGCUGGCAGUUUCUGUCAUGUGGUAAACGUGGUCUGGAUGAAGAGCAGCUGGAGACUCUCGCUCAGAAACUCUUUGAUAAACAACGGAAUUAUGACAAUUGUAAAAUAUCCUGGACCAAGUUCAGCAAGGAGAACGUCAGUGGCACAAGUUUCACCCUCUGGGUGUGGCUGGAUGGAAUUCUAAACUUGGUCAAAAUGUACCUUGCAGAUUUGUGGCAUGAUGGGUCUGUCAUGGGUUUUGUAAGUAAGGGAAAGGAGAAGGUCUUGUUGAAGAAGAAACAGAGUGGGACUUUUCUCCUGCGUUUCAGUGAGAGCUGCAGAGAUGGUGGGAUUACGUUCAGCUGGGUGGAGUACUCCAACAUUGGUGAACCCAACGUGCGGACAGUGCAGCCGUUCACCAGCACGGACCUGAAGCAGAUCCCCCUCGCAGAAAUCCUGCGCAACUUUCAGAUCAUGGAGGCAGACAAUGCUCCAAUAUACCCACUUCAGUUCCUCUAUCCAAAUACCCCCAAAGACCAGGCAUUUGGAAAAUACUACAAUGAGAAGACUGGAGAGGAGAGUCCGUACAUUAAAUACAUUAAAACCAAGCUGGUCUUCGUUUCAAAAGAGAAUGGGUGUGCAAACGUGGCUGAGGGGCCAGUGCCUGACCUGUGCAUGCAGCACAAUGACCCUUCUUCUGAACUAAAUCAAGACGUCAUGCUGCAAGGGCCAGAGAACUCACCCAUGUACAACUGCACAAGUGACCCUAUUUUACCCAACGGGGAUCUGGAGAGUCCUUUAAUUUGUCUACCAGAAGAAUUUUCAGAUGCACUCAAGUGUGCUCAGAGUUUACACGACUUACCUGAAGGUCCUCUGAGGAGUGUCCCCAGUGAUGAAUCCCUUCUGGGAAUCAUUCCAGAGGCAUUUUCUCCUGAUGCUGAUAUACCUACGCUGCAAGAGGUUCUUAAUGAUCCUAACAUCAUGGAAGGGUUAAUUACUCCUCUGGAUCAUUCCUUCCAAGAGCUGGCUUAUCCUGUGAGCAUCCCUUUGAGCCCCUGAGCUUCAAUUUUCUAAUGCUUUUAAUGCACUCAGACUGGAAAGCUGCAUUCACAUUUCCAAAACUGAUCAGUAAUAUAAAAACCUACAUUCCAUAAUCAUGUAUCAAGAUAGCUCAUUAGCACAGGAGGACUAUGAUCCUCUAUGUCAGUGUUUCUUAGUCCUGGUCCUGGAGUACCUUUGCACUAGUAUUUUUUUGUUUGUUUUCCCUGCUCACAGCACAGCUGACUCAAUUCGUCAGCUCAGGGAUUAAAUUGGAACGUGGGAGGUGGUGUCCUGAGUAUGUUAAAGUUAGUAGUUAGUAUCCAUCUUGACACUCAGGUGCCUUUUUCUAAAAUCUUGCUUCAUCAAAGUCACUAAAAAUCUUACCACUGAACUGGCUACCUUCUCAGUUAUUGUCUAACGUGCUGCCUGGUGCCUAAACUUGUCAUCAACAGCGUGCCUGUCUGAAAUACUUGUCCUUAUGUAGAUGUAAUCUACACCAAUCAAACCCAUUUUUUAUUGAAAUGUUUUGGACAAAGACACGUUAGUAAGAAACGCUAGCAUAUAAAGAUUUAGCAUAUCAGAUUCCGGCAAAUCUUGGAUGGGUUGCAAACCUGCUAUACACAUACGUAACGAGGUAGCUAGCACAAUUAGCUGAGUUAAAGCAGUAUUAGGUAGUUGUUGUGUUUUUUUGUUGUUUUUUUUUAAAUUAAAGGAAGUAGCCUUAUUGAAUCAGAAAAAAACCCCCACUAAAAUAUAAAAUAUGGUGAGCUUGCACUGCUACAAGUUGACCUGUAAAGCCUAA